GAAGAGGCAAAGAUUGAGGUUAUGGGCAGUAGUAACGGGAAGAGUUUGUUUUGAACGCUAGAUUAUUCUAGAAGUGUCUUCCCGGUCAAAGCUUUACUGCAAUAGUGAGUAGUCUGUGCUGCACCGCAUUAAACUCCUCGUGGAGCUCUAAGUAUCAGCACUCCACCUUAGGUCAAAUAUGUUUGCUAUUCUAGUCUCAGGCAGGCUGGUUCAAACAGAAUUCCAACAAAUCAGUGAACAGCAAUGUGUUACCACUAUAGCAGAUGCGGACAACAUCAACCACAUAGUAGUGUUCCUGACUGGAAGUGUUCCCUUCCCUGAAGGCACUGCUGGCCAAGUUUACUUCAGUUGGCCAGACCCCCAUGCGCCCCCCAACUGGCAGCUGUUAGGUUACAUCUCCAAUAACAAGCCCUCAGCCAUAUUUAAGGUGUCCAAUUUGAAGAGGUUGCAUGAGAUGGGUGAUUAUUCGAAUAUGAUGUUUGGACAGUCUCAUAUAGUUCAUAAUGCUCAGAUAGGAAUAAGCAUAGAACCUCUAGCGAACAUUCAAGAAGUCCAAGCCGUUGAUGGGGCGGAUGUCCAGGUGAAUUUCGCGCAGAAGAUGCUGAAGAGUUUCAUGGACUUCGUGUUGUCCUACACUAUUACUCAGGGGCACAUGGUGCCUGAUCCUACAGCUACUUACGUACCGUUAUCCACUGUCCAGAACUGGUACACUAUAUUUGAACGAAGACUGGCGCAGCAUCCUAAUUUUUGGAAAUCUUAACCUGGGCCUUCGAUGUAUUCUGAUUCGAGUGUGAAAUAUGUGUAUUGUUUCGAUAUUUUAUUGCAGUCGAUUAUGUUUUAAGAAUUCCCAUUUGUUUACUCGUGCUUGUCAUUAGUAAUAAAAAAAUGUCCACUAG